AUGCCUGGCCACACCUCCAGCACCAGCGCCACCUUGCCCUGCACCAGGCCAUCAGCUGGGAGCUGCCUCAUAUCUCUCCCAAUCCCGUCCCUCCAUCUAAAUCUAUGUCCUCUUGACCUUCUCCCCUCCUCCUGUUCUGGUCUGUUCUGGUCCCUAACAUACAGUCUUGUUCCAGGCGUGGUGCGGACGGUGGUGGCGCUGGACAGGGAGACGGCGCGCGGCUACUGGCUGUCCAUCGUGGUGUCCGACGGGGGAGCGGCGCCCCUCACCGACACCUGCCACGUCUUCGUGGAGGUCGAGGACGUGAACGACCACAUGCCCCAGACGGAGGAGCCCGCCUACCACACCUACGUGGCCGAGAACCUGCCGCCAGACACCUCCGUCAUAGCGCUGCGGGCCUCGGACGGCGACCUGGCGCCCUCCAACAUCUCCUUCGCCAUCACCAAAGGGAACCAACUGGCGCGCUUCAAGAUACACCCGCAGACAGGCUCCCUCACAACCCUGGUGCCGCUGGACAGGGAGCAGCAGGCAGAGUACGAGCUGUGGGUGCGGGUGAGCGACGGCCAGCUGUCCUCCGUCACCCUGGUCUUUAUCACCGUGAGCGACGUCAACGACAACCCGCCCGAGUUCCUGGAGCCGCUCUACCGCGUCACCGUCCCCGCCCGCAGCAAGACCAAGAAACGGGAGGCGCUCUUCAGGGUAAGUGGCCCCCUGCUUGAAGGCUUACACGCUCUUUAUCUCUCAUCAUAAACAGUCUCAAAGUGAAUGUGGGGAAGUAUUUAGAGCCCGCAUUCUUAUACUCUCUCUUCUCUCAUCUCAAACAGUUUCUCACGCCAUUUUGGGAGUUUGAAAGUAAACGUAGGGAAGUAUUUAGGUAAGUGGCCCCCUGCUUGAAGGCUUACACGCUCUUCUCUUAUCAUAAUAGAGUCUCACCUCCGACUUCAGGAGUUUGAAAGUGAAUGUGGGGGCACCGUUGCCAGAUUAUCGUACUCAGAGCCUCGUAUUUACCGGUUUCUGAGCCAUAGCUAUUG